AUGGAGCACCUUCCCCUGGUCAUCUCAGAGGUGCUGGUUUGCGUGCUAUCCAACGGUCUGAAUCAUGAAGACUGGCCUAGAGUAGUGUCCGGAGACAUCCAUAGACACCUGGAGAAGCUGAGGAGCAAAGUGGUGACUCUGAGAGGCCGGGCUGAAGGACGAACACUGCUUCCUUUACCACUGCAUGUGGAGAGGGCAAGGCCUCAGGACAUCCAACUCAGCCCUACCGGUUGGCCUCUGGACCGUGGUUUAUUAUACUCCAUAGAGACCCUGAUAGUCCAGUGGUCCUGUCAGAUAUGGAACGUCCUGAAAAAAGACUCUGGUUUAAUGCUGCAAGGAGGAGACCACCCAGGCCCCAACGUGGAGCUCCAGUUCUGGGCAACUCAGAGGGAAAAUCUGUUGGGCAUCCAGGCUCAGAUCCACAGCCCCAAAGUGGAGCACAUCAUGGAGAUCCUGAGGAGAGUCAAAAGCAGUUACUACUCCGCUUUCAAGGACAUCUGCGUCAAAGUCAAUGAAGCGGUGCUAGAAGCAGAGGACAUAGAUCUGUAUCUUCGCCCUCUGAGGAGGGUGAUCACCAGCCUGGAAGAGAGGAGUAUCCCUCACGUUGACAGUUUGCUGCCUCCUCUCUUCCAUACGCUCUGUCUCAUCUGGAGCCGAUCCCAGUAUUACUGUAUUCCACAGCGUAUGGUGGUCCUCCUGCGAGAGUUCAACAACCUCAUCAUUGAAAAGGCAUUUGCUUAUCUGAUCCCUGAAGAACUGUUUAAGAUGGAACUUGAAGAGGGUGUUGAAAGAGUCCAGAUAACCAUCUCAGUAAUGAGCACCUUCAAGCAGUUGUUUCGUACUUACCAGCAGCAGAUUCCUAAAUACUACAAAAACAGCCAGUCAGUCAAACUGUGGGACUUCCCAGCUUCCCUUGUGUUCCAGCGUUCUGACCGCAUCAUGGAAAGGCUGUUGAUGAUCGAGGAAAUAUUUGCUACAGCGUUGGACUUUUUGAAGCUGGAGAAGAUUGAACUGGGUGGAUCGAGAGGGAAGAUCCUUAGUGAGAGUGUUUUCGGCAUGAGCGAAGAGUUCCAUGACCGCUGGCGUGCCCUUAGAGAAAGCAAAUAUGACCCUUUGGACUACACUAAUGAUGAUUUUGUGCGUCAAUAUGAUCGUUUCAUGGAGCAGAGCAGAGAUUUUGACCAGAGGUUGGGAACUGUCCUCAAUUUGGCCUUUCAGCACUCUAAGAACCUCAAGUCCACCUUUAAGUUGUUAAAACUUUUUGGGACCCUGCUUGAGAGACCCAGGAUCCACCAGCUCUUCUCUCCAAACUACAAUAUGGUGUUGGACAUGUUCAACCAGGAGAUAGACCGCUGUCAGUUCAUACUUAAUCAGCACCGAGAUCAGCUCCAGUUGGGCGGCGCCGUCUUAGGGAAGAAUAUGCCUUCAGUGGCUGGGAAUCUCAAAUGGUCUCAGGAGCUUCGGAGCCGGAUCCUCACCAACAGGAGCAACCUCUGCCAGCUCACACAUAUGCCUCUGGGCAGUGCUGAAGCUGAUGAUGUCCUGCGUAGAUGUGAGCAUGUACUUGAGGUUCUGGAUCAGCAUGAUGAGGAGAUGUUCUCAGAGUGGACGGAGGGUUUGGAGGGAAUCUGUCAAAAGCACCUCCAGGAUCCACUGCUGACUCUAGACAGUGAUACAGGCAUGUUCCAGGUCAACUUCAGUCCAGCGUUAACCUCUGUGCUGAGAGAAGUGAAGUAUCUGGGGCUUUUGAAGAACCAGAACAUCCCUAAAGCAGCUCUCCAUCUCUACUCUAAACGGGAUAGACUCUUCUUGUACACACAGACGCUGACCUUUGUGACGCAGUGGUACAACCAGCUCCACAGCACCAUUCUCGCUGUCGAACUGGGACUGGUGAAAGAUGAGAUGGAUGGAGCAAGACGACAGCUACAGCCGGCCCUGAAGGAGCUGACCUGGGUUCAGGACGACCUAUGGGACUACAUCCAGAGCACACGAGACCUUGUCAAAAGCAUUUCUAGUCGAGUCCAGAAGAGUAAAGCCAAUGUGGACGCCAUCCAGGCCCUUAUGGGGAAAUUCAGCCACCGAGCCUUCAUCACUAGAAAGAGCCGCAAUUCUACUCUCCUCAUCUUCUCUGAUAUAGAGGAGAGUGUAUCCAAACAGCACACUCUCAUCAGCGGCACCGGAGAGCAGAUACACAAACUGCUGCAGGAGAACCAGUCUCUUCUUGGAGUGACAGACCUGGAGAGCAGUGAAUGGCAGGCCUACACAGACUACGUGGACCGGAUGAUCCUGUCAGGCUUCUCCAGCGCUGUACGCUGCUCUCUGCAGUACCUCAUGGACAACACAGAUGCAGCCCUGCGUAUUUCACCACUGUUUGAGCUCCAGCUGAUCCUCAACAACUAUGAGAUGACCUUUGAACCUUCUCUUGAUUUCGGGCAAAGUGGCAACUUUUAUGACAUCAUAGACAAAAUGGUGGCCAACAUCACCAACAUGGCCUCCUUCAUUCCGAGAGCAGCCAAGCAUAAACAGCUGGAGACCUAUCAGUCUGACAUAAAUGAAAUGGAGGAUUUGUCAGCAAUGUGCCACACAAUCCGCUCAAGGGCACGUGCAACGAUCGCCAAGGUCAGAGAAUACCAGGGAUCAUUUGCCAGUUACCAGUACCUCUGGACAGAUGACAGGUCUGAAUUUAUGAGACAGUUCUUGCUUUAUGGACAUGUAUUAAGUACAGAAGAAGCUGAGUUGUAUGCUGACUAUGAACUGAAAAAAAACCCACCCACCCUGGACAACUUUAAGGAACAGAUUAACCUGUUUGAAUCUCUGUAUACACGAGUCAGUAAGAUGGAAGACAAGAGGGUGUUUUAUGGCUGGCUACAGUUGGAUAUUAAACCUUUUAAGCACACGCUGAUGAAUGUCAUUAAGAAGUGGAGCUGGAUGUUCAAAGAGCACCUGCUGAACCACGUGAACCAGAGUGUGAGGGAAUUAUGGUCCUUUGUCCAGGACACAGCCCAGGGUCUGUCUAAGAAGGUAUCAGAUGGCGACUAUGCAGGCCUUGUGGACAUCAUGGGGCACCUCAUGGCCAUACGAGACAGACAGAUCAGCAACGAACAGCACUUUAAACCCCUCAAGUCAACUGCUGAGCUCCUUAAAACCUACGGACAGCAACUGCCAGAGAGCGUCUACACACAGCUCGAAGAGCUGCCAGAGAAGUGGAAGAGUCUGAAGAAAAUUGCAUUUACGGUCAAGCAUGAAGUGGCGCCACUGCAAUCCAAUGAAGUUUCAGUUAUACGCAGGAAGUGUGUCCGGUUUGAGGUAAAGCAGCAUGAGUUCAGGGAGCAGUUUCGCACUGAAUCCAUCUUUAAGAUUAACUUGGAGGAGCCGUAUAAACGAAUUGAUUCGUGUCAUCUAUCAGUGGCUGUGAUGGAAGCAGAGAUGAAGAAGCUGCAGGACACAGCCACUCUGUUUGAAGUCAGCUUUCCAGACUAUAAGCAGCUGCGCCAGUGUCGCUCUGACAUCAUACUGGUCAAAGCUGUUUGGGACAUGGUUAUUUUUGUUAAGACGAGUAUAGAAGAUUGGACCAAGACUCCAUGGAAAGAGAUCAACGUUGAACAAAUGGACAUGGAACUCAGACGAUUUGCCAAAGAGAUGAAGAUGUUGGAUAAGGAGGUGCGGGUGUGGAAUGUGUACAUGGGGUUGGAGUCGACAGUGAAGAACAUGCUGACUUCUUUAAGAGCUGUCAAUGAGCUGCAGAACUCUGCCAUCAGGGAGAGACACUGGGAACAGCUGAUGAACACCACUGGGGUGAGGUUUGUGAUGGGGAAGGGCACCACCCUUGGGGACCUAUUGGAACUACAGCUUCACCGUGUGGAGGAUGAGGUUAAAAAUAUAGUGGACAAGGCUGUAAAAGAAAUGGCUAUAGAGAAGGUUUUGGCAGAGAUAACCCAGACGUGGAGCAUCAUGUCAUUGACUUAUGAGACUCAUACCAGCACAGGAAUCCCUCUGCUCAAAGCCGAUGAGAACCUCAUAGAGACACUAGAAGACAAUCAGGUGCAGCUACAGAACAUCCUCAUGAGUAAGUAUGUUGAGUAUUUUCAGGCAGAAGUGAGCGGAUGGCAGAAGAAGCUGAUGGUGGCUGACCUGGUCAUCUCCUCAUGGAUGUCUGUCCAGAGGACGUGGGCUCACCUCAACAGCAUCUUCACCAACAGUCAGGACAUUCGCUGCCAGCUGGCUAACGAUGCAGAACGCUUCCAGGGAAUACACACUGACUUUCAGAGCUUGAUGACUGAGAUAGUGAAGAACAGUAAUGUGGUGGAGGUGACCAACCAGACAGGCUUCUUAGAAAACCUGGAGACGUUACAGCAGAGACUCUCUGUGUGUGAGAAGGCCCUUGCCGAGUAUCUGGAGACUAAAAGACUCACAUUCCCCAGAUUUUACUUUGUCUCUGCCUCUGAUCUGCUGGAGAUUGUGUCAAAGGGAACUCAGCCCAAAGAGGUGACCAGACACUUGCUGAAACUGUUUGACAACAUAGCAGAUCUUCGCUUUAAGGACUCAGACAGAGGAGGAGGUGCAGAGGAGGAGGGAGCAGCGGUUGCUAUUGGGAUGUACAGCCGAGAAGGAGAAUACGUUCCAUUCUCGGAGCCUUGUGUGUGUGAAGGACAGGCAGAGUGUUGGCUGAGUGCCUUGGAGAACACCAUGCGCUGUACAGUCCAGAAGGAGAUUCAGGAGGCUGUGGCUGCCUACGAAGACAAACCGCGAGACCAGUGGCUGUUUGACUACCCUGCACAGGUGGGGUUGACUGGCAGUCAGGUGUGGUGGGCCACAGACGUGGGCAUUGCAUUUGAGCGGGUGGAGGAAGGCUUUGAAACCGCCCUGAAAGACUACAACAAAAAACAGAUCACACAGCUGAACUCGCUGAUCCACAUGCUGCUUGGUGACUUAACCCGUGGAGACAGACAGAAGAUUAUGACUGUUUGUACCAUCGAUGUCCAUGCUCGAGAUGUAGUUGCCAGUCUCAUAGCUCAAAAAGUGACAACGGGCCAGGCGUUUGCAUGGCUGUCGCAGCUCCGCCAUCGAUGGGAUGAUGAAACCAGACAUUGUUACGUUAACAUCUGUGACGCUCAGUUCCAGUUCAGUUAUGAGUAUCUGGGCAACACCAACAGGCUCGUCAUCACCCCACUCACUGACAGGUGUUACAUAACCCUGACCCAGUCCCUCCAUCUGACUAUGAGCGGUGCCCCAUCGGGUCCAGCUGGCACCGGUAAAACAGAGACGACUAAAGACCUCGGUCGCUCCCUGGGCAUCAUGGUUUAUGUGUUUAAUUGCUCAGAACAGAUGGACUACAAGUCCAUAGGUAACAUUUAUAAAGGUUUGGCUCAGACCGGAGUGUGGGGAUGCUUUGAUGAGUUCAACAGGAUCUCAGUUGAAGUUCUGUCUGUGGUAGCCGUACAGGUCAAGACUAUUCAGGAUGCUGUCCGCAAUAAAAAACAGAGGUUUCAUUUCCUGGGAGAGGAGAUCGAGCUGAAGCCCACAGUGGGAAUCUUCAUCACUCUGAACCCAGGUUACGCUGGCCGGGCUGAGCUCCCAGAAAACCUCAAGGCUCUAUUCAGGCCCUGUGCCAUGGUGAUCCCAGACUUUGAGCUGAUCUGUGAGAUCAUGUUGGUCGCUGAAGGAUUCAUAGAUGCUCGUCUGCUGGCACGUAAAUUCAUCAGCCUCUACACCCUUUGUAAGGAGCUGUUGUCCAAACAGGAUCAUUAUGACUGGGGUUUGAGGGCCAUUAAAUCGGUGCUGGUUGUGGCUGGAUCCCUGAAAAGAGAGGACAGGAGUAAACCUGAAGAACAGGUGUUGAUGCGAGCGCUGAGGGACUUCAACCAUCCAAAGAUAGUAACCAGCGACGUGCCGAUAUUCCUCGGACUGAUCAGUGAUCUGUUCCCUCAGUUAGAUGUACCCAGGAAGAAGGAUCCACUGCUGGAAAACGCAGUUCGCCAGUCAGUCAGUGAGCUACGCCUCCAGCCUGAGGAAAACUUCAUACUGAAGGUGACUCAGCUGGAGGAGCUGUUGGCUGUCAGACAUUCUGUGUUUGUAGUGGGUGGACCAGGGACCGGAAAGAGCCAGAUUUUAAAGACACUUCAUAGAACAUAUGCAAACAUGAAGAAGAAGCCACUAUGGAAUGAUAUCAACCCUAAAGCAGUGACUACAGAUGAGCUGUUUGGAUACCUGCACCCGGCGACCAGGGAGUGGAAAGAUGGUUUGUUUUCAUCUACCAUGAGAGAGCUGGCCUCAGUGGGACAUGAUGGACCCAAAUGGAUCGUCCUAGAUGGAGACAUUGAUCCAAUGUGGAUCGAGUCAUUAAACACAGUCAUGGAUGACAAUAAGGUCCUGACUCUUGCUAGUAAUGAGAGGAUCAGUUUGUCGUCCUCCAUGCGUCUCCUCUUUGAGAUCUCUCAUCUGAAAGCUGCUACUCCUGCGACUGUAUCCAGAGCUGGAAUACUUUAUGUCAACCCACAAGACCUCGGCUGGACCUCUUAUGUUACUAGCUGGAUAGACACCCGACAGGCUCAGUCAGAGCGAGCCAACCUCACUAUCCUGUUUGAUAAGUAUGUUCCCUACUGUCUGGAGCAAGUGCGCUGCAACCUGAAAACCAUCACCCCGAUGCCAGAAAACAGCAUGGUGCAGACUCUGUGUUCCUUGUUGGACUGCCUGCUGACAGAAGAAAACACUCCCCCCGACUCUCCCAGAGAACUUUAUGAGGUCUACUUUGUCUUUGCCUGUGUCUGGGCCUUUGGAGGGGCUCUCUUCCAGGACCAUCUAAAUGACUACCGUGCUGAAUUCAGCCGCUGGUGGUCCAAAGAGAUGAGAGCAGUGAAGUUUCCCUCCCAGGGCACCGUCUUUGACUAUUUUAUAGACUCAGAGACUAAAAAGUUUACUCCCUGGAGUGAGAGGAUGGCACAGUUUGAGCUGGAGCCUGAUGUCCCGUUACAGACAGUGCUGGUUCACACCCCAGAAACCACCUGUCUGACGUAUUUCAUGGACCUGCUGCUCCAGAGAGGAAAGCCCAUCAUGUUAGUAGGUAACGCAGGAGUGGGCAAAACCAUCCUGGUGUCUGAUAAUGUCGUCAAGCUGAAGGAGAACUACAUGGUGGCCAAAGUUCCCUUCAACUACUACACCACCUCUGCAAUGCUGCAACGUGUCUUGGAGAAACCCCUGGAGAAAAAAGCUGGUCGUAAAUAUGCUCCUCCUACUGGCAAAAGACUCAUUUAUUUCAUUGAUGACCUUAACAUGCCUGAAGUGGACGUUUAUGGCACCGUCCAACCACACACUCUCAUACGUCAGCACCUCGACUACAACCAUUGGUAUGACAGGCAACGGCUGGUACUGAAGGAGAUCCAUCAGUGCCAGUACAUUACCUGUAUGAACCCAACAGCUGGAAGCUUCUCUAUCAACCCCAGACUACAAAGACAUUUUGCAGUGUUUGCCGUACAUUUCCCCAGUGCUGAUGCAUUAGCCACCAUCUUCUCCAGCAUUUUAUCAGCUCACUUCCUACAGGGAGGAUUCAGCUACGGCGUUUCACGAUCAGUCGGAUCUCUCAUACAGGCUGCUAUCUGUCUGCACCAGAAAAUUAGUCAGAACUUCCUGCCCACAGCCAUACGCUUCCACUACAUUUUCAACCUACGAGACCUUUCCAACAUCUUUCAGGGCAUCCUGUUUGCCCUACCUGAAUGUAUCCGUUACCCCAUGGACCUGGUUCACCUGUGGCUCCAUGAGAGCUCCAGGGUCUACUCCGACAAACUGAUGGAAGAGAAAGAUGUGGAACUAUUCAACAAAAUCCUACUGGACACCGGCAAGAGAUAUUUUGAGGGAAUAGACGAGUCCCUCUUCAUCCACCAGCCACUUGUGUACUGUCACUUUGCCCAAGGAGUAGGAGAGCCUCGGUAUCACCAGGCCUCAGACUGGGAGAAACUCCAGAAGACCCUGGCUGAAGUCCUGGAGCAUUAUAAUGAGCUGCAUGCUGUCAUGGACCUAGUACUGUUUGAGGAAGCUAUCCAGCAUGUGUGUCGUAUUAGUCGCAUCUUGGAGGCCCCUUAUGGUAAUGCCCUGCUCGUGGGUGUUGGAGGGAGUGGAAAGCAGAGUCUGUGUCGUCUGGCUGCCUUCCUCAGUGUAUUAGAAGUUUUCCAGAUCACGCUGCGUAAAGGUUACGGCAUCAAUGACCUCAAGAGUGACAUAGCAGCAUUGUAUAUAAAAGUGGGAGUGAAGAACAUUGGCACGGUGUUUCUACACACAGACGCCCAGAUUCCAGAUGAACGCUUCCUGGUGCUCAUCAAUGACAUGCUGGCUUCAGGUGAUAUCCCAGAUCUGUUUAGCGAUGAAGAAGUGGAUAUGAUUGUGACGUCAAUCCGUAUGGAGCUGAGAGGUUUAGGACUCAUAGACACCAGAGACAACUGCUGGAGCUUUUUCAUUGAGAGAAUCCGAAGACAACUAAAGGUUGUCUUGUGCUUCUCCCCCGUCGGGUUCACAUUGCGGACACGUGCACGGAAAUUUCCGGCUCUGGUGAACUGUACCGCCAUAAACUGGUUCCACCCCUGGCCUCAGCUGGCUCUGCAGUCUGUCAGCACUACUUUCAUAGAGAAGAUACCUGGACUAGAGCCAAAUGUCAGGUCAUCAAUCAGCGAGUUUAUCUCCUACGCUCACACUAGUGUCAAUGAGGUGAAUGUCAAGUACCAGCAGAAUGAGAAACACUUUAACUACACAACGCCCAAGAGUUUCCUGGAGUUUAUGAAGCUGUACGGUAACCUCCUGGGGAAGAAACGCACAGAGCUGACUCAGAGGAUGGAAAGAUUGGAGAACGGCCUACAGAAACUUAAAUCCACUGCUUCACAGGUGGAGGAUCUGAAAGCCAAGCUAGCGGUGCAGGAAGUAGAGCUGUGGCAGAGGAACACAGAUAUCGAGGCUCUUAUUGCUAAAAUAGGGCAGCAGACGGACAAACUCAACCUGGAAAGAGCUGUGGCUGAUGCAGAAGAGCAAAGGGUGGCAGCAAUCCAAGCUAAAGUCACCAAACAGCAGCAGGAGACUGAGGACGACUUGGCCAAAGCUGAACCUGCCCUUCAGGCCGCCAACACAGCCCUCAAUACACUAAACAGGCUGAACCUGACGGAGCUGAGGACGUUUCCUAACCCUCCCGCUAUCGUCACCAACGUCUCGGCAGCUGUUCUGGUGCUACUGUCUCCCCAAGGACGAAUCCCCAAAGAUCGCAGCUGGAAGGCUUCCAAGAUGGUCAUGAGCAAGGUGGAUGAUUUCCUGCAGGCUCUGGUGAACUUUGACAAAGAGCACAUCCCCGACGCCACAGUGAGAUGUGUUCGAGACGACUACCUCAGUGACCCAGAGUUCAACCCUGAGUUUGUGCGACAGAAAUCUUCAGCUGCUGCCGGUCUUUGCGCCUGGGUGAUCAACAUCAUACGCUUCCACGAGGUUUUCUGCGAGGUAGAGAUGAAGAGGAUAUGUCUGGCUCAGGCCAACGCUGAUCUGGCUGAAGCUGCUGAAAAACUCGAGGUCAUAAGAAAGAAGCUUGCUGAGCUGGAUGGUAGUCUGGAGACUCUGACAACAGCAUAUCAGAAAGCUACAGCAGAGAAACUGCGCUUUCAGGAAGAGGUCAACCACACAAAUAACACCAUAGAACUGGCCAAUCGGCUGGUUAAAGGGCUGGAGAGUGAGAAUGUGCGUUGGGCUCACACAGUGGCUCAGUUCCAUGAACAGGAGAAAACUCUGUGUGGAGAUGUCCUCUUAACGGCGGCCUUCAUCUCAUACGCCGGCUCCUUCUCUAAGAAAUACAGGAGAGAGCUGCUGGACAACCUCUGGAUGCCAUUCCUGCGCAGCCAGAAGGUGCCGAUCCCCAUGACGGAGGGCCUAGACCCUGUGUUGAUGCUGACUGAUGAUGCAAAGGUGGCCCAGUGGAACAAUGAAGGCCUACCAGGGGACAAAAUGUCCACUGAGAAUGCAACCAUCCUCACAAACUGUGAGCGUUGGCCUCUUCUCAUUGAUCCUCAACUACAAGGAAUCAAGUGGAUCAAGAGUCGAUUUGGCAGUGCCCUCAAAGUUAUCAGCCUCGGACAGAGAGGUUACGUAGAUGUAAUAGAGCAGGCUGUGGUGGCAGGAGAAACUGUCCUCAUUGAGAACCUUGAGGAGACCAUUGACCCUGUCAUAGACCCUCUGCUCGGCCGACACACAAUCAAGAAGGGCAGCUGCAUAAAAGUUGGAGACAAAGAGUGUUUUUUCCACCCAGGCUUCAGACUAAUCCUCCACACAAAGUUGGCCAGUCCUCACUAUAAGCCCGAGAUCCAAGCUCAGACCACCCUCAUUAAUUUUACCGUGACCCGGGACGGGCUGGAGGACCAGCUCCUGGCUCAGGUGGUGAACCAGGAAAGGCCAGAUCUGGAGCUUCUCAAGAGUGACCUGACCAAACAGCAGAACAUGUUUAAGAUUGAGCUGAAGCUUCUGGAGGAUGAACUGCUGACAAGGCUUUCUGCCGCGGAGAGUAACUUCCUCGGGGAUAAUGUAUUAGUGGAGAAGCUUGAGACCACUAAACACACUGCUGCAGAGAUUGAGAUGAAGGUCCUGGAAGCGAAGGUUAAUGAAGUGAAGAUAAAUGAAGCCAGAGAACACUAUCGUCCCGUCGCGGUCAGAGCUUCCCUGCUCUACUUCAUCAUGAAUGACCUCAACAAGAUCAACCCCAUGUACCAGUUCAGCCUCAAGGCCUUUAAUGUGGUUUUCCAUAAGGCUGUGGAGAUGGCAGAGGAGUGUGAAGAUGUGCAGAACAGAGUGAACACACUCAUUGACUGUGUCACCUACUCCACCUUCAACUAUAUCAGCAGGGGACUGUUUGAGAGAGACAAGCUCACCUUUACUGCCCAGCUAGCCUUCCAGCUGCUAAUGUUGAGCAAGGAGAUAGAUGUGCGAGAACUCGACUUCCUGCUUCGUUUUAACAUCGACCACAGCUACAUCAGCCCGGUAGAAUUUCUCUCCAACUCAUCAUGGAGCGCCAUAAAGGUGAUGAGUUUCACCGAUGAGUUUCGAGGUCUGGACCGGGACAUCGAAGGCUCUCCUAAGCGCUGGAAGAAGAUGGUGGAGUCAGAGUGUCCAGAGAAGGAGAAGUUUCCUCAGGAGUGGAAAGGAAAAAGCUCCCUGCAGAAACUGAUCAUGAUGAGAGCCCUGAGACCUGACCGUAUGACCUAUGCUCUCAGGAACUUUGUUGAGGAGAAACUUGGUGUCAAAUAUACCGAAGGCAGAAAGACAGAGUUUGCGAAGUCUUUCAGGGAAAGUGGACCAGCCUCUCCUGUAUUUUUCAUCCUCUCCCCUGGAGUGGAUCCACUGAAAGACGUGGAAUCCUUGGGAAGGAAACUGGGCUUCACCAUUGACCUUGGGAAGCUUCACAAUGUGUCCUUGGGUCAGGGCCAGGAGGCUGUGGCUGAAGUUGCCAUGGAAAAGGCUGCCAAGGAAGGACACUGGGUUAUCCUGCAGAACAUCCACCUGGUCGGUCGGUGGCUGGGUUCCCUGGAGAAGCUCCUGGAGCGCUGCUGUGAAGGCAGUCAUCCUGACUACAGAGUUUUUAUGAGUGCAGAGCCAGCACUGACUCCCCAGGAGCACAUAAUCCCCCAGGGAAUUCUGGAAAAUGCCAUUAAGAUCACCAACGAACCUCCUACAGGGAUGCAUGCUAACCUACAUGCAGCUCUUGAUAACUUUGACCAGGACAUCCUGGACCAGUGCAGUCGUGAGCAGGAGUUUAAGACCAUCCUCUUUUCUCUGUGUUACUUUCAUGCCUGUGUGGCAGAGAGGAGGAAGUUCGGUCCUCAGGGCUGGAACAGGAAGUACCCCUUUAACACCGGAGACCUGACCAUAUCAGUUAAUGUCCUGUACAACUAUCUGGAGGCGAACGCACAGGUUCCCUGGGAAGAUCUGAGGUAUCUUUUUGGAGAAAUCAUGUAUGGAGGACACAUCACUGACGACUGGGACAGGCGUCUCUGCAGGACAUACCUUGAGGAAUACAUGCAGCCCAACCAGUUUGACAGGAAGCUUUCAUUGGCUCCAGGAUUUGUCGUUCCUUCCAACCUGGACUAUCAAGGUUAUCAUGAUUUCAUAGAUGAGAUGCUGCCCCAUGAGAGCCCAGUGCAUUAUGGGUUGCACCCUAACGCGGAAAUUGAGUUCUUGACAGUAACGUCAGAUAACCUUUUCCACACUCUGCUGGAGCUGCAGUCUCCUGAUGCUGUGAUGGGGGAGGGAGCCUCACAGACCCUGGAGGAGAAGGUGAAAACUAUUUUAGAUGAGGUACUGGAAAAGCUACCAGAGGAGUACAACAUGUCAGACAUCACCUCGAAGACGGCGGAGCGUUCCCCGUACAUCUUGGUCUGUUUCCAGGAGUGUGAACGAAUGAACACACUCAUCUGUGAGAUCCGACGCUCACUCAAAGAGCUGGACCUCGGACUAAAAGGUGAGCUGGCGAUCUCCUCAGAGAUGGAGAAACUACAGGCCGCCUUGUUUUUUGACAACGUCCCUGACACCUGGACUAAGUUGGCCUAUCCCUCCACCUACAGCCUGGCCAUAUGGUAUAAUGAUGUGUUGCAGCGUUGUAAAGAACUGGACAGCUGGACCCAGGACCUGGCUCUACCGAGUGUCGUCUGGCUCUCUGGGCUUUUCAACCCACAGUCCUUCCUCACAGCGGUGAUGCAGUCACUGGCGCGUAAGAACGAGUGGCCCCUGGAUAAAGUCAACCUGACAGUGGACGUGACCAAGAAAUACAAAGAAGAGUUCAACCAGCCCGCCAGGGAGGGUGCAUACGUUUAUGGACUUUACAUGGAAGGUGCAAGGUGGGACAUUCAGGCCGGGGUGAUCACCGAGGCCCGGCUGAAGGAGUUGACCCCGGCCAUGCCUGUGAUCUCUGUCCGAGCUGUUCCCAAUGACCGCCAGGAGACCAGGAACAUCUAUGAGUGUCCGCUCUACAAGACCAAGAUCAGAGGACCCACCUAUGUGUGGACUUUAAGCCUCAAAACCAGGGAACGGCCCGCCAAGUGGGUCCUGGCUGGAGUGGCUCUGCUGCUUAGUGUGUGAGAACAAGGUAGAAUAUCAAACAUCAACAUUCAGAGUCUGAAAAAUGUUUAUUUUUGUCAAGAUUUCUGGGAAAAUUAGCAUCUACCUGGAUUAUGAAUUUAUUGUAGUAUCAUGAAGUUGUGUUGACU